AUGGCAACAACCACAACUGCUAUAUCAGAGCCUCCAUGGUUAUUCGACAGAUGUUCAACCUUCAACAAAUUGAUCCGAGUGCACGGAUAUAUUCUACGCUUUCUUAACAAUUGUUGCUCUAGCAAACCUAAACACAAGGAGGGUUUGUCUAGCAAAGAAAUCGGCGAAGCUACACAGUCGUUGGUUAAAAUAAUUCAGUUAUCUGCGUUUCCGAGCAAGCUCAAAUGCUUACGGAAUAAUCAACAGUUACCGAGAAAUAGCAAACUUUCAUCUCUUAUUCCCUUUCUCGAUGAGCAAGGAAUUUUACGUGUAGGUGGCAGACUUCAGUAUGCCAGUUUGCCAUACUCAAGCGAAACAUCAAAUGGCACUACCUUCAAAGCAUUCGUUCACACGAUUAUUGAUAGAACACGCGCAUACCAGAUAACUUUAUGCAGGAUCACAGACCACAUUAGCAUCUCUACGUCAAAGAUUUUGGCCACUGAACGGAAGAAAUGUGGUCUGUCAUAUUAUAAGAAAGUGUAUCAAGUGUUUUCGCGCAAAUCCUUCGGUUAUUCAGCCAAUUAUGGGCAAUCUGCCGAAGCAAAGAGUUCAAGUUUCAUGAGCUUUUCUAAUGUGGGAGUGGAUUUUUGUGGUCCCUUUCAGCUUCGUGAAUCUAAACGACGAAAUGCGAAAACUGUAAAAUCCUACGCAGCUAUCUUCGUGUGUCUGGCAACCAAGGCAGUUGAGAUAACUUUCAACUUAUCUUCAGAAG